UGGUUUCCUGGGGCUGCCAGGUUGUAUCAUUUACACAAGCACCACCAUAAGUUGUGUGGGGGAAGGGAGUAGAGAACAAGAGACUUUCCUUUCAGCUCAAUAGUGUAAACCAUAAGUUGCACUGUGCACAUGUACAGAGGAGAGGAAGGGAGACAGAGAGAGGGAGAUCAGGAGAGAGAGAGAGAGGGGGAGAGAAGAGCCUGAAGUAUUUCCAGCUGGAAGCAUUUAAACAGUGCCUAGCCUGCGAAGUGCUUUAUGGAAGAAUUAAAGAGAAAGAUGUUACACAGCAUGUGGAUAGGUCUGCUGGCAUUUGUAGAGCUUACUGUGAGCGGGAGAACAGAGAUUUACGGGAUUCGAGACCGAAGGCAUUCUGCAAUUCAGCUAGGGGUUUGUCGCUAUGGAUCCCGACUUGAAUGUUGUUACGGUUGGAAAAAGAAUUACAAGGGGCGCUGCGAAGCUAUCUGUGAACAUGGAUGUAAACACGGAGAAUGUAUUGGGGCAAACAAAUGUAAAUGUUACCCAGGAUUUACUGGUAAAACAUGUAAUCAAGAUUUUAAUGAAUGUGGACUGAAGCCAAGGCCCUGUGAGCACAGAUGUAUGAACACACACGGCAGCUACAAGUGCUACUGUCUGAAUGGAUACAUGCUGAUGCCCGAUAACACAUGUGCUAAUUCCAGAACCUGCGCCAUGGCCAAUUGUCAGUACGGCUGUGAGAACAUGAAGGGGGAGAUCCACUGCCUCUGUCCAUCUGCGGGCCUGCAACUCGGACCAGACGGGAAAACCUGCGUAGAUAUUGAUGAAUGUGCAGCUUCCAGACCUCUGUGUCCACCUCUACGGAGAUGUGUCAACACGUUCGGCAGUUAUUUCUGCAAAUGCCAAACUGGUUACGAGCUUAAAUAUGUUCACGGCAAAUACAAGUGUAUAGAUAUUGAUGAGUGUGCUGCUAACACACACUCGUGUAGUCCUCAUGCCGACUGCCACAACACUCAAGGCUCCUUUAAGUGUAAAUGUAAGCCUGGAUUCAGAGGCAGUGGCUUCCAGUGUUCAGUUAAACCUUUCCUGCAAGUAAACCUGGAUGGGGAACAGGGCAGCACUGAUGACAUCCUUAAUGCUGUUCCUGAAAUUCCCUACAAAGAAGCACCUCUGAUUCUGGGAGGAAACAAGGAAGACGUAAAAAAAAUGCUGGCACAUAGGAAUAAAGGUAGAAAGAGUGAAGUAAUAAAGAAUGCUAUCCUUCGCCCUGUGGCCACCCCUCCGUCCCUAGAACGCCUCCAACCAUUUGACUAUGAAGAUGGCGUCUAUAUUGGGAACUAUGAUGACAAAGAGCUUGACGUGGGCUAUAAAACUAAUGAAGAUGAAGUUGAAAAUUACAUUGACUCGGAGGAGCAGACUCCCAGAGGGGAUGUGUUUGUCCCCAAGCGCAAUGAAGCCACGGUGUUUAGUCCAGUGCUGGGCAAGAAGGAACUCGUGGUACAAGAUCUUUUUAAUGACGAUUUUUCUGUAGACUGCAAUUUUAACCAAGGUGUUUGUGAAUGGAUCCAGGAUACAGAGGAUGAUUUUGACUGGAAAGUUGCUGAUCUGCCUAAUGGCAACGGGCACUACAUGACAGUCCCUGCAUUCGUCGGGAUUAAGAACGAGGUGGGCCAUUUGAAACUUCUCGUUGGCGAUCUCGUUCCGAAGAAGGAUUUCUGUGUAAUCUUUAAGUAUCGGCUUGUGGGAGAGAAGAUUGGAAAUCUCCGGGUACUUUCCAAUAACGGAGUUCCUUCGAUCUGGGAGUGGAUCCGAGACAAAGAGGAAGGCUGGAAAGUUGGACGCGUUACAAUAACUGCUAGAAGCAGUUCUGAAACCCAACAAAAUAUUGUCUUUGAAGCCAAGCGAGGAAAGGGCAGCGUUGGUGAAAUUGGACUGGAUAAUGUAAUUCUGACGUCUGGGCCCUGCACAGAAUGGACCUCAGAGAAUGAUGACCGAGAGACAUGAAUUUCAUCUUAAGAUUCCCGGGUUCUUUGGUCUCCAAACACACGAGAGCACCUCAAAUGACUUCCAAAAGGGUUGUUCGCCAGCAUGUAACACUGAGACAUUUUUGCAAUAAGGUACUCUCACCCUGAUGCCAACUUUCAUUUGGAAGUGCAGGAUUCCUACACUCAAGAUUGUGGUAUCAGCUAUUAUCAGCAUUGUAUUAUGCUUCUUAAAUGUACAAUUGUAAAGGUGCUAUGUAUAUCAGUUGUGCACUCCCCCAGUCAUAAGUGAUAGGAGCAGAAUUAGGACAUUCGGCCCAUGAAGUCUACUCUGCCAUGGCUGAUCUAACUUUCCCUCUCAACCCCAUUCUCCUGCCUUCUCCCCAUAAUCCUUGACACCCUUACUAAUCAAGAAAAUGUAAACCUCCACGUCAAUCUCCAAUGACUUGCCGUUUAUGGCAAUGAAUUCUGCAGAUUCACCACUGUCUGACUAAAGAAAUUCCUCCUCAUCUCAUUUC